AUGGGUAAAAUCAACCAACCUUCUUCUCAGAUCAGACUUACCAAUGUUUCGAUAGUGCGAAUGAAAAAGGCUAAGAAGCGAUUCGAGAUCGCUUGUUAUCAGAACAAAGUUCAGGACUGGAGAUCAGGGGUGGAAAAGGAUCUCGAUGAAGUACUACAGAUUCCACAGGUUUUUGUCAAUGUGUCAAAAGGCUUUGUGGCUCCUAAUGAUAUGCUAAGGGAAAGUUUUGGUACUACGGACCUCGACAAGAUCAUAUUGGAGAUCUUGAACAAGGGCGAACUUCACCUCAGUGGUAAGGAAAGAUCGCAGCAAAUCGCUAAACUGCACAAUGAAGUCUUGACAAUAAUAUCUACAAAAUGUAUCAAUCCAAAAAGCAAGAAACGAUACCCACCGACAAUGAUCGAUAAAGCCUUGAAGGAAUUGAAAUUUAAUAUGACUAAUGCCAGAAAUGCCAAGACUAAAGCUUUAGAGGCCAUAAGGAUUCUUGUCGACAAGCAGAUAAUGCCCAUAGCCCGGGCCCAGAUGAAGGUGAGAAUCAAUGUUCCCAGCAAAUUAUACAUCUUAGAGGAGAAAGAGUUGAGAGCCAAUAUGUUUUCGACUAUAGAAUCCAUUAAGAAAAUAGAAAGUGAAACAGAGAUUGUCUGUUUAAUAGAGCCGGAGAAUUAUAAGCAACUUGGAGCUAAAAUGAACGAGUUGAAGGGAACAGUGGAGGUUUUAGAUAUGGCAGUGAUAGAUGACGAAGCAACUUUAUAA